CGGGUGCCGCGCACGGGCUGGGUGCUCAGGAAGGUGGAGCGGCCCGAGAGCGUCUCCGACCACAUGUACCGCAUGGCCGUCAUGGCGCUGGCCGCCGGCGACGCCAGCCUCGACAAGGGCAGGUGUAUGCGGCUGGCUCUGGUUCACGAUAUGGCCGAAUGCAUCGUUGGAGACAUCGCGCCUGCAGAUAAUGUCCCCAAAGGGGAGAAGCACAGGAGAGAAGAGGCAGCUAUGCAAGAGCUGACCCAGCUUCUAUCAGAGGACCUAAGGAAAGAAAUCUAUGAACUCUGGGAAGAAUAUGAAAAUCAGUCUACUGCAGAAGCCAAGUUUGUAAAAGAGCUGGAUCGGUGCGAGAUGAUACUGCAGGCAUUUGAGUAUGAAGAGCUGGAGAAGGCACCCGGCCGUCUACAGGAUUUUUUUGAUUCGACUGCUGGAAAAUUUGUGCACCCAGAAAUUCUUCAGCUUGUGUCUGCAAUUAACACAGAAAGGAAUCAAAAAAUAGCUGCAUGUCAACCACAUUCCGGAGGUGUUCCUGAGAAGCUGUAGCUCUAAUAAAUUUUAUUUGUUUUACAUUC